UCCCUGUCUUGGUUCCGUCUAUAAAAGCCGUUCUUCAGCUGAAUUGGCCAUCCAGAACCUCAGGUUUUUCAGCUGGAUCGGAUCAGUUCGCAGGCCAAAAAGGACAGUGCCAAAAUGUUUAGCGUACUUCUUCUUACUUUGGUGGCUUCGGCCUUUGCUGAUGAUUAUGUCCCAGCACCAGACAUUCAGCUGAGAGGACCAACAGUCUCCCCAGCCGAAUUCUGCAGAAGAUGCAUCGAGGAGAGAAACGGCGUCGGCUACUACGAGGAUCCAUACGACUGCGGAAGCUACCUGCAGUGCGAUAUUGAUGAUGAUGGUACCGUGUUCGCCCACAAGAAGCCUUGUGCAGAGGGUACCCUCUUCGACCGCAAUGUCGUCACCUGUGUCCCAUGUGAGGUUGCUACCUGCGACGGCAGCAAGGCUCCAAGCCCACAAUGCCCACCAAGAACUCCACCACCAACCACCACCAUGGGAUACACCACCCUUCCACAAUUCGACGGCAAAUGCGAUGGCCCAGACGGCUGGACUUACCUCGCUGUGUGGGGUGAUGCCCAUGUCUUCUAUAGACAGCAGACCCUUGGUGAUGACACCAGAAUCGAGCGUGUGAGCUGCGGACCAUGGGAGUUCAGCGUCUCCACAUGCAUGUGCGUUGUCCCAGAUCUCCAGGCCAUCGGUCUCUGGCCAUUCGAUGAGAACACCGACACCAUCGUCGACAACUUCUGGACAGAUUGUACCGGUGUUGAGAUUUCCUCUGGCAAGGUCGGCGGAUCUGCCCACUUCAACGGCUCUGUCCACUGCGAGGUUCCACGUUUCAACAACUACCCAUGGGGCUCCGCCCUCACCAUCUCUUUCUGGUACGAUACUCACGGUGGCGAGAGACGCCAGGGUCUCCUCGGCAAUGGCAACUGCCAGAUUGAGCCAACCAUCACCUUCUGGUCCGAGUACUCCAAGCUUGGUGGCCGUGUCCUUAUCGACAACAACGGAACCCUCGAGACCGUUAACAUUGACGGAUACGGUGCUGCUGGCUGGAACCACGUUGCUUUGACUUACGAUGGUCUCAGACUUAAAUUGUACGUCAAUGGUGCCGCCGUCAUGGACAGUAUUGCCGUUGGCAGCAUCCCAGCCACCCUUGCUCCAUUGUACAUGGGCAGAGACCUCAACUGCGAGUACACCGAUGGCUUCAGCAACACCGGUCUCGUCGGAUUCAUCGAUGAGGUUCAGAUCUACGACUGGGCUCUCAGUGACGCCAUGAUUGCCAGACUUAACGCUGGUGAGAGAAACCUCAAGAUGGCCAGAGUUGACUAGAUAUUUCAUUCACCAACAAACACUAACUUAUCAACUCUAUAAUAUCAUCUUUUGUGACUCAGAUGGAUUGGAAGUGACUGCGUGAAAUGGACUUGAGACUGACCCACUCGCAUCGGGCUUCCCGAAGUGCGGUUUUAAAAGAAAUCCCAGUUCUGGAAUCACAAUGCGGCUGAUUUAUAAAUCAUCAACUUGCUUGGGGGUUUAUUACUAGUAUUAAAAAUAGAAAUAAAACUAUUUGUUGAAUCGUAGAACCUUUGAAUGUAGUUUAGUUUUUAGUUAAAAUAUUACUCCACAUAGCGUAGUGUUCCACUGGAUACAAUUGAAGCAAACGGUUCGUCAUCUCAGAUUUCUGUACAUAGCUGGUCGCCUGGUCGUACGUACGCCAUACCGUUAUGAAUAUUAUGUGCUUCAUCCAACCACACCGCAUGAAGUCAGGGGUGUUAACAGCUUUAUAUUACCAAAUUUUCAUUUGAAUAAACAGCUUUUGCUUCAUAGGCAAUUCAAA